AUGGCAGGGAACGGGCCGCCUGCCCCCGCCGCCUGCCCCGAGCCUCUGCCCCGCAGCGUCUUCAGGAAGUUCGUGCUGAUGCUCAUGUCCCUGCUCAUGUCCCUCUACGUCUUCUACUGCCUGGCCGAGCGCUGCCCCAGCCUGCCCGCGCCCCUGCUGGCGGCCGCCCCGGAGCAGGCGGCGGGCGGCGGCGGGUGGCUGGAGCCGGGGUCCCCCUCGCUGCCCAGCUGGCCGCCGGCGGCCCGGAGGAAGCGGCCGAAGCAGCCGCUGCUGCGGCCCGACGCGCCCGGCCGAGGCGCGGGGUCGGGCGGCGGCGGGGAGCCCCCGGGCACGCUGGCCCUGCUGCUGGGCGAGGGCAGCAAGCGGCUGCCGCAGGCCAUCAUCGUGGGCGUGAAGAAGGGCGGCACGCGGGCGCUGCUGGAGUUCCUGCGGGUGCACCCCGACGUGCGGGCCGCGGGGGCCGAGCCGCACUUCUUCGACCGCGGCUACGAGCGGGGCUUCGCCUGGUACAGGGAGCUGAUGCCCAGAACCCUGGAUGGGCAGAUCACCCUGGAGAAAACUCCCAGCUACUUCGUCACCAAGGAAGCACCUGCUCGAAUCUCCGCCAUGUCGAAGGGCACCAAGCUCAUCGUGGUGGUGCGGGAUCCCGUGACCCGAGCCAUCUCGGAUUACACACAGACUCUCUCAAAGAAGCCUGAUAUCCCCACCUUUGAAAGCCUGACCUUCAAAAACAGGACUACAGGCCUGAUCGACACCUCGUGGAGCGCCAUCCAGAUCGGCAUCUACGCCAAGCACCUGGAGAACUGGCUCCUCUACUUCCCCAUUGGGCAGAUCCUCUUCAUCAGUGGGGAGAGGCUGAUCAGCGACCCUGCUGGGGAGCUGGGCAGGGUCCAGGACUUUCUGGGCCUUAAGAGGAUUAUCACAGACAAACACUUCUACUUCAACAAAACCAAGGGCUUCCCCUGCCUGAAGAAAGCUGAAGGCAGCAGCAAACCCCACUGCCUGGGGAAAACGAAAGGCAGGACCCACCCCAAUAUAGACAGAGAGGUGGUGCAGAGACUGCGGGAGUUCUACAGGCCUUUCAACAUGAAGUUCUACCAGAUGACUGGGCAUGACUUCGGCUGGGACUGAGGCUGAAAAAUAAGAAUUAUUUAAGAAAAGAAAAAAUAUAAUAUAAUAUAUAUAUUUUUUUUACAUAUCAGAGAGGAAAUGUUAGAGGUGUGCUGAAAACGCUCUCCAUUCUGUUUGUUCUUUUUGACACAAUGUCACUGCUUGGUUUGUUUUCUUUCCUCUAUUAGCAGCAGGUUGGUGUCUGCUUCCACGGACGAGGCAAGGUGGCUGUGGGUCAAAGCUUGGUGCUAUUGAAGUCAAGAGGGCUCUGGCCCUUUAGGUCAGUGGUUUCAGAAUUUGACACUGUCUGUAGAAAAGUCCAGGAGCAACAUUUUCAGAUUUGCCUAAGUGACUUAGGAGCCUACGUUCCAUUUUCAAAUGCGACAUAGGUACUUAGAAGAGCCUAACUCUUGUUGAAAGUCAGUAGGAUUUAGGCUUCUAAGGCCCAGAUUUUAAAAGGUAUUUAGGCAUUGUGCUCAGCCUUGCAAUGCCUAACUGAUUUAGGCACCUAAAUUUCAUCAUUAAGAUUGAGGCUCCUAAAUGCCUAAAUCACUUUUGAAAAUGGGACCUAGGCUCCUAAAUUGGUUCGAUAUUGCAACAGGGAGCUCAGCAACACCUAAAUACCUUUACAAAUCUGGGCCUUGGUGACUAAGGGCUGAAUUUUUAAAUCUAUUUAGGUGCUUAACCCCCAGGGGAGGUGCCCAAAUGCCUUUAAAAAUGUAUCUCUUAGUCACUUCUGAAAAUAGGGCUUAGGGUCCUAAAUACCUAAAUCACUUUUGAAGAUCCCAGAGCUGGUCAAGACACUUCUUCCUGUGAAAAUUUAUCAUUUUUUUUCACGUUUUUAUCAGUUUUUCUUUGAAUUUGGGGGGGAGGGGUGUUGGUCCAAAAAGUGGAAAAAAAUUAUGUCAUCAAAAACCAAGUUUUUUUUCAGCAACUGGUAAAACUGGAGGGUUUUUUGUAUACAAAAUUGAACUAAUUUGGGUUUUGGUUAUAGAAAGCGGGGGAGGCAAAGAAAUAGAUUUUGACAAAAACUGAUCUUUUGACAUGAAAAUCUCAGUGUAGUCAAAAAGCUGUUUUCCAGCCCACCAGCUCUCAAGCAGCUUCCCCCAUCACUUGUACUCUCUCCAGGUCACUAUUUCAGAGCUCACCAACCUCUUUCAAGAUUCUCAAUCAGAGUUCACCGAGCCAACAUGCCUCCCAUUGGAUGUCAUCCGCAGAGUUUGAAGCUGUGGCCUUCAUGGGAUUUCACACUAAGAGGGGAGUCAUUGUGGGCGGUAGGGGGAUUCCAUGUCCUGUAUAUUCUUGAAUAGGGAAUAACUAAGUAAGAGCCAGAGUUGGAGGAGGGGAGGUGUGUGAGGUAUCCUGCUAAGCCAUGUUCAGGAAUAUGUUGGACGAGGCCCUCUUGGCUUCAGAAAAAUCUCAGAAGAGAAAAUGUUAGGGCAAAGGUUCAUUGGGGGGGACCCACUCCCAGCACGCAAGGUCACAUUGACCCCGCUACCUCCCGCCAGUAUUGUCAUCCUCUGUCUCAGUUCUUGUUUCAGAAUGUUCCAGCUCCAGCUUUAAUCCCUUUUUUGGGCAGCAUCUCGUGCCACAAAAUAUCUGGGUCAACAUUUUAUAAUCAUCUGAACCAAACAAAAGUAGCGAUCAGAUCAGUCAAAUGCAACCCAGAACAAAGCAAAGCCACAGCGCUCGCUGGAGUGCACAGUGCUUCCCUUUGUGUCUUAAUCCUCGCGGAGGUCUAAGGGCGGAGUCAUGGGUGGCUACAGUGCUCGCCUGUUGUUAAGAUCCUGGCCAGCUGUGGUCACAACAGCUAAAGGGGCUGCUGCAACAGCCACACUUUCUCAGCUGAGUAAAACAGCACAUGUGGAUGAAUUUGGACAGUGCAAGAAUUUUCAUCACCACCUCCAACUUUCAUCCAAAACUCAAACCAGAAGAUUUCCUUUGGGGCAGCAGUAAAGCUGUUAACUUUGUCCCCUUGUUGUAUUUCCCUAUCAGCCUCCUCUGGACUUCCAUUUUCUAGCCCCAAAUGCCAAAAUCAGAGCAGGUUGGCAAAAGUUUUUAGCAAAAAUCAAUGACAGUGUGUAUUUCCUUUCCCCUGAGAUUUGACAUUUUACUGGAAUACUUCAGUGAAAUUUCAGAAUGUGCAAUGCUUUGACCAGCGCUAUAGUUUCUGAGCUCAUGCUCAGCUAGUGGGGGUGAUGGAAGAACCAUCAAAGUGGCCCUUCUUUACUUGUUUUGCUAUCAUUGCUUAAUCUGAAAAUGGAAUCUCCAGAAAGCAAUUGAUUUGUUUCAUUCAGGCCGCUGGUUUGGUUACAGCUGUCCCGCUGGCACUGCUCGAUGAAUGGCCCUCUCCGUAUAUUCCCGCUUCCCAUGUGAGCAAUGCCAUUUUACACCUCCAGUUCCAAAACCCAGAUGUUGUGGGCAAUAUCGCCUCCUUAAGUGUCAUAGUGGUUUAAGCCUAACAGCAAGGUAGUGGCUCGGUCCUUGGAGGAUUGAGGGACUGAUGCAUUUUGAAGUUCACCAAAGGCUGAAGCUGUCUGAGCGCCUUGGUUCUGUUACCCAGAGCUUCUUUCAGCUUGUGGGUGAAGAGCUGGCCCCAGCCAAGUGUUUGACGCUUGAUCCAAAAGCCAGUGCAGUCAGUGGAAAGGUUCCUAUUGAUUUCAGUGGGCCUCAGCUCAGAACCCUACAUGAAAAAAGUAAAAAGUCCCAAUAUGUUUCAUCCAGACCAUCGGUGGAAGUUUUCAAGAUGCGGCUUUUUGGUUUUGGCCAUACCGCAUCCAUUCAGAUGAAUUGGAACCAAGCAGCUGAAAAUCCCACUCGUCAUACCUAGCACUUUGAAAAGGUGCUCUUGAGGUCUGGUGACAAUUCCCCUUACUUUUAAGAGAGGGCUACAGUAUUUAUGGUCCUUAUGCAUUCCCAACACACACAGGACACAUUGAAGGGAAAUGAAAGCCCUCUCUGUGAAAUGUGGCCUAUUAGAUCGUGUUUCCAGACAGCUCUGACUCAUGUGAGAAGCUCACUCAUAUAUUUAUAUGACAUAAUGCUUUCCCCUCCCCCAAAGCUGCAUUACUCUGCAACAGGGAGUCUCUUGAACUUUGAACUUCCUGGCAGUGGAAUAGAGACUCAUUUUAAAAUAUUUAUGUUGUCUGAACAUUGUAUUCAAUAUUGGUAAUUCCUAUGGCAAGAAUCCCCUGGGCUGCAGAUAAGAAACCUCAGUGUCAUUUUGCAACCUGGCUUAUACAUGUAACCAGUGCCAGAGGUGAUUUGUAUGGGAGUGUAACUUACGCUUCCGUAGGCUAACUUAGCCUUCCCGGGUGGGAUUUUCAGACACCCUUAAGUGACGCAGGAAGAAAAAUUGCCUUGAAAGCCAAUAGAGUUUGUGCUUCUAAAUCACUGAGAUGGUUCUGAAAUCUCAUUUACAUUUUCUCAGCCCCACUUGGCAACUUCUG